AGUUUUCAGGGAGCAAUAGUGAAGUUAAGACGUGUAGAAAUGAAAAUUAAUAAAACAUAAAGUCAGUGUGUCUGAGCUGUUAUCAAAUCUUAUCAAUUGUCAAUUCAAAGUGUUGUAAACUCUUUCCUAUUGAAGUUAUAAACAUCAAAAUGCAAAAUUUUAAUGAAUGGGUCUGGGUGAAACCGGCAACGAAAGACGUCGACGAUGUUCCAUUUGCUGGGAAAAUAAUUCGAACUGAUAAGGAUAAGAGCCUCGUUGUCAAUGAUGAAGGUGUUGAAAUCUGGAUUUUCAAUAAGCAAAUUCUGAAAUCUAUGCAUACCACGUUGACUGAUACUGUCGAUGAUAUGAUUACAAUGUUUGAGCUCGAAGAAUUUACAAUCUUGAGGAAUCUUUAUAUGAGAUAUAAACAGAAGAAGAUUUAUACAUACAUCGGAAGCAUGCUUGUCGCUAUAAACCCUUACGAAAUUCUUCCAAUCUACACAAAUAAUCAAAUUAAUUUUUAUAAAAAUCAGACGACAGCGACUUAUCGAAAUGAAGCGCCACAUAUUUUUGCUAUCGGUAAUAAUGCUUAUCAGGAAAUGAUUUUAACUAAAAGGAAUCAAUGUAUUGUGAUUUCCGGUGAAUCGGGUGCGGGAAAGACUGAAAGUACAAAGUUGAUUCUUCAAUAUCUCGCUGCUGCUAGUGGAAAACACUCUUGGAUUGAACAACAAAUUCUUGAAUCAAAUCCAAUCAUGGAAGCUUUUGGAAAUGCAAAGACAGUGAGAAAUGACAACUCGUCGAGAUUUGGCAAAUACAUCGACAUUUACUUCAAUGAAAAAGGUGCAAUUGAGGGUGCAAAAAUCGAACAUUAUCUUCUCGAAAAGUCAAGAAUUGUUUCGAGUAAUAAAGGCGAGAGAAAUUAUCACAUUUUUUAUGCAAUGUUGGCAGGUUUAUCAAAAGAAGAGAAAAAAAAACUUGAAUUGGAGGAUGCAACUAAAUAUAAUUAUUUAACAUCUGGUGGUACAAUCAAAUGUGAAAAUCGGAGCGAUGCACAAGAAUUUGUAUCAAUUAAAUCAGCAAUGAAAGUUCUUUCCUUUACUGAUGAAGAGUUUGACGAGGUGAUGAAACUUCUUGCUGCGAUUUUACAUCUAGGAAACUUAAAAUACAAAGCAACAGUUGUUCAAAAUAUGGAUGCUUGUGAAAUUAAUGAUACGAUCAACAUGUCCCGAAUUGCUACAAUGUUGGGUAUUUCUAAAAGUUCCUUAGAAGCUGCGCUUGUUCAAAAGACGAUUUUCGCUCAUGGCGAACGAGUCAUUUCAUCCUUAUCUAAAGAACAAGCAAUUGAAGCACGUGAUGCUUUUGUCAAAGCAAUUUAUGGGAAAAUAUUCGUAAUGAUAGUCGAGAAGAUCAACAAAACUAUUUUUAAAACAUUGAAAAGAAAAUCUUCGAUUGGUGUUCUUGACAUUUUCGGUUUUGAAAAUUUUGAUAAAAAUGGUUUCGAACAAUUGUGCAUCAAUUACGCAAACGAGAAUUUGCAGCAAUUUUUUGUCAAAUAUAUUUUUAAAUUGGAACAGGAGGAAUAUACAAACGAAGGUAUUAAUUGGAAGAAUAUUAAUUUUGUUGACAAUCAGAACAUUCUUGACAUGAUUGGAUUGAAGCCAAUGAGCAUCAUUGCGCUGUUAAAUGAAGAAACAGUUUUUCCUAAAGGAUCCGACACCACUUUAGUAGCGAAACUGCAUCAAACUCAUGGAACAAAAAAUAUUUACAUUAAGCCAAAGUACGAUAAUUCAAUCCUCUUUGGAAUUCAACAUUUCGCUGGUGGAGUUUUUUACGAUCCAAAUGGAUUUCUUGAAAAAAAUCGCGAUUCAUUUAACGUGGAUUUAAAAGAGCUUUUGAUGAAAUCAACAAACAAAUUUCUGCUAGGUUUAUUCGUUGGUGGCGAUGAUGCUUUGGAGACAACAAAGAAGUCGAUUACACUUUCAUUGCAGUUUAAAAACUCACUUGAAGCUUUAAUGAAAACACUUUUAGCAUGUCAACCGUCAUUUGUCCGAUGCAUUAAACCGAAUGAACUUCAGAAACCUCACAUUCUCGACAAAUCUUUGUGUCUUCGACAACUUCGUUAUUCGGGAAUGAUGGAGACAGCAAAAAUAAGAAAAGCAGGUUAUGCCAUUCGAUAUUCAUACAAGGAUUUUGUUAAUCGUUAUCGAUUUCUUGCCAAAGGCAUCACAAUUAAAACUGACGUACGUGCAGCUGCUACAAAAAUCUGUACUGAAGCUUUAAGUUCGAUUCCGACAUUUGCACUUGGAAGAACAAAAAUAUUUUUGAAGGAAGAACAUGAUGAACAUUUAGAGAAAAUGAGAUCAGAGAUUUAUGAGAGAAGCAUAGAAAUCAUUCAACGAGGUUUUCGAAGAAUUCUUUUCCGGAGAUUUAUUAAAAGACAUCGUGAAGCUGCGAUUGUCUUUCAAAAACAUUUUCGUGCACGUGGCUAUCGUCAAAGAUUUCUCAUCAUGCGUCAUGGUUUUCAUCGUCUUCAAGCUGCGAUAAAAUCAAGAGAAUUGAGUGGAAAAUAUCAUGACAUUCGUAAAUCAAUGAUUGGGUUGCAGGCAAGAUGUCGUGGUUUCCUGACAAGACUAGAUUUAUCAGGUAAGAUAACAGAAAAGUCUCGUAAAAUGGUGGAGUUUGCGAAGCUGCGAGUCCAAGAAGAACAACAACUUAAACGUGAAGGAAAUAAACAUUGGAAGGAAGAAGCUGAAAGUCGAUUCUUAGCUCGACUUACAAAUCUCAAUAAAGAACUUAAACUUGACCGAGAAAACGAAAUUCGUCGUCAACAUAACAUCAACAUUGAAGAACAAACUAAAGUCGUUGACGAUGUUUUUGGAUUCUUAUCCGAAUUGCAAACACCGAAAAUGCAGCCAAAAAAUCCUCGCCACACUCCAACAGUCAGAGUAAGCAAAUUAAUAAGAUAUCUCGAAGAGAAAAGUCGAAACUUAAAGCACAUUCCAUCAAGAUUACUCUCACGUCCAGAUGAUGGCACAAACACAGACGAUUUGAUGUCAAUAGAGAAUGAUGAAAGUCAACAACCAAUUCCACAACAGCCAGCUAUGAAACGAUAUCAAGAAGAUUUAUCAGCUUAUUCAUUUCAAAAAUUUGCUGCAACAUAUUUCAUGAGUAAUGUUUCUCAUAAAUUUAGUAAACGACAUUUGAAGUCUUCAUUAUUGAACCUUUCGAUUCAAUCACAACUCUCAGCACAAGCUUUGUGGAUUACAAUUUUAAGAUUCAUGGGCGAUAUAGGCGAAGCAAAAUACGAGAAUGAAGAUGAAGAAACUUCUCCAUCUAAUACGAUCAAUAAUAAAAUGAAUGUUAUGCAGAUUUUAACAUCAACAUUGAGUAAAGGAGCAACAAAGUCAAGAGAAUUCCAAGAUUUCCUAAAGCAUGGUGAAAAUGAAUUGAAUAGAAAGUUGAUAAGUCAAACUUUACGUAAGAAGAACAAAUUACCGAAGGAAGUACGAGAAUUAAUUGAGAAUUCAUCUGAUCUUGAACAUUACCAAGAAUGGUUAAAUAGAAGAAGCAGCAACAUUGAGAAACUACAUUUCAUUAUUGGACAUGGAAUCUUAAGAGAAGAAUUGAGAGAUGAAAUCUUUUGUCAAAUUUGCAAACAGUUAAUAAACAAUCCAAAUCUUAUUUCGUUUAAGAAAGGUUGGAUUUUGUUGUCACUUUGCAUUGGGUGCUUUCCACCAUCAGAUAAUUUUGAACUUUAUCUUCGUCAAUUCAUUCGAAAUGGUCCGCAACUUUACGCACCUUAUUGUGAGAAUCGAUUGGAUCGCACAAUUCAGAAUGGACCAAGAAAGCAGCCACCAUCAUGGAUUGAAUUGAAAGCAUGUAAGACAACAGAACCAAUCACUGUGACGGUUCAUUUAAUGAAUGAAGCUUCAGUUAAGUUAGAAAUCGAUUCAGCAUCGACAUCUGAAGAACUUUGUAUUGCUGUAGCAAAAGCGAUAAAUUUAAAAGAUUUACUUGGCUUUUCACUCUUCAUAACAAUCAUGAAUAAAGUUAUGACGCUUGGAUGUGAACAUCAAUUUAUCUUCGACGCAAUUUCAAGUUGUGAACAAUUUGCUAAAGAACAAGCAAUAUCAGAAAGAAAUGUCAAAUGGCAAUUGUACAUUCAAAAAGAAAUGUUUUUGCCAUGGCACAAUCCAGAAGAUGAUCAAAUAGCGACAGAUUUAAUUUAUUCACAAAUUAUUAAAGGAAUUAAUUAUGGCGAUUAUAUUUGUACAUCAGAAAAAGAUAUCGCAAUGAUUGCAGCACUUUGCUAUUAUGCUGAGUUUGGAUCGAAGUAUGACAAAGUGAUUAUGUUGAAAAAGAUGCCAGAAUACAUGCCGAAAGCUGUUUAUAAACCAAACACCAUACAAGAAUGGGAAAAACUCAUCUCAGCUGCUUUCUCCAAAUGUCGAUGUGUUCGCGAUAACCUCCCGAAAGUAGCAGCGAAGGAAGAUGUCGUGUUCUUUGCAAAAAUAACUUGGAUUUUAAAGUUUUCAAGGUUUUUCGAAGUUCAAAGAAUUGACGUUGAUAAUAUUGAUGAAUCAGAAAAUGUUUUUAUUUUCGCUAUCAAUUGGACGGGAGUUUAUUUGAUUGAUAAACAAGAACAAGUGAUUUUGGAACUUUCAUUCACUGAAAUCACGAAUGUUACUCAUAAAGAAGGCAUUUCAGAUAAAAGUGAAUCAUUUACAAUCACAACAGUUGCGAAUGAAAUUUUGAAGUUUGUGUCAAUAGAUGCAGCGACAAUCUUUAAGUGGCUUAACUACUUAUUGACGCAACUUAAGAAAAGAUCAACAUUUGCUGUGGCCAUUGAAAAUUUCACAAAAACAUCGGAAGAUGAAACAUAUUUGGAAUUGAAAAAAGGUGAUUUAGUCACAUUAGAUCAGUCAGGUGAAAAGUUGCUGGCAUCGAACUUAACAUGGGCUUCGGGAUCAUCAAAAGAUAAGAAAGGAUUCUUCCCAAUCGAUUCUGUUUAUAUUCUUCCUUGCAUUAUGCCACCAAAACGAGAAAUUUUAGAACUUUUCAUGAAAGAUAAGAUGAAGGAUCGAAAGCAACCGAAAAGUGUUUACAACACAUUGCAACGACAGAAAAUGUAUAAUUUAAAGAAAUUUGCUGUGGAUCAUUUCCGACCCAACAUUGAAAUUUCUAAUGCCUACGCAACUAUCAACACUAUGAGACGACAACAUGUUGAACUUUGGAGUUAUUCUCGUGAACCAAUUAAAUCGCCUCUUUUGAUGAAACUUUAUGGCGAUUCUGAGAGGACAAAUGAUGCUACGAAAAUGUUUAUGUUUAUUAUGAAGUACAUGGGCGACUUACCACAAGCCAGAGAUUCUCUCCUCAAUACUGAAGAAAUCUUCAAACCAGCCAUUGAAGAUGAAGCAUUACGUGAUGAACUUUACUGUCAGAUAAUGAAACAGUUGACAGAAAACAACAUUCAGUCGAGUGAAGAGAGAGGUUGGGAUUUGAUGUGGUUAGCUUGUGGACUCGUUGUUCCAUCUCAAGUAUUACUUAAAGAAGUGCAAGAAUUUUUGAAAACUCGUCCACAUCCAGUCGCAAAAGAAUCAAUUCAAAGGUUACAGAAAACUAUUAGAAGUGGAAAUCGAAGAUAUCCUCCGUACAUUGUUGAAGUGGAAUCGAUUCGUCAAAGAACUAUUCAGAUUUAUCAUAAAAUUUACUUCCCUGAUGACACAGAUGAAGCUUUUCUCAUCGAAUCAUCAACUAAAGCAAAGGAUUUAAUUGAUUUGAUUGUAAAAACUUUCAAGAUGAAAUCAUCUGAAGGUUUCAGCUUAUUUGUGAAGAUCAGCGACAAAGUCAUUUCAGUGCCUGAAAAACAAUUCAUAUUUGAUUUCAUUUACGAACUUGUGAAUUACAUAAUGGAAAGUCAAAUGCCUUCGAAAACAAAAGACAGAAAUAUUCAAUUCCAUUAUCAACUUUUCUUCUUGAAAAAGUUGUGGAUAAAUUUCACACCAGGACGUGAUCAAAUUGCUGAUGAAACAUUUUAUUUCUAUCAAGAACUUCCAAAGUAUUUGAAUGGAUACUACAAGGUUUGGUUCAGUUUUAUUACGAAAUCUGAAGCGGUCAAAGCUGGUGCUGUAAUCUAUCGAGCUCAUUUUGGUCUUGAUCGAACAAAGUUCCAAACCCAACAAGGUUUAAUCAAUCAACUGAUACCCGAUGAUCUCUUCCCAGAUAUGAAAAUUGAUGAUUGGAAGAAACAAAUCAUGAAUGUUUACUCCAAACAAAUUGAAAUGAGCGAAAGUGAUUGCAAGUUGGAGUUUCUAAAAUUCCUUCAACAACAGGAAACAUUCGGCUCAACAUUUUUCGUUGUCAAGCAGAAGACUAUAAAUUAUUAUCCGGAGACUUUGUUAAUCGCGAUUAAUCGCCUUGGUUUUCAUAUUUUGGACCCUGUUAAGAAGCAAAACUUGAAGUCAUAUGGAUUUUCAGAAAUGAACUUCUGGAGUUCAGGCAACACAUAUUUCCAAAUAACUUUUGGUAACAUGAUGGGAGGUGUGAAGCUUUUAUGUGAAACCACGCAAGGCUAUAAACUAGACGACCUUCUGUCGUCAUACAUUCAAUUCUAUAAUUCUAUGAAAUAAGUUAAUGAUUAUUGCGAAGAAAUUAUUCAAAACACAAAAUUGCGAAUCGAUUUUUAAAAUUUCGAUCUUAAAAGGGUAUGGAAAUUUUCUUUGCCAUAGAAAAUAAAUGAGAAUGAUCAAACAUGGUUUGUUUAUCAUGGGAAAAGGUUGAUGUUGAUGAAGAAUUUCAAAUUCAUUUUUUUGAAUAAUAAAAGCAGGUUUCCUAAUAGGUAAUAUUAAGAAACAAUGAAAACAUUUAAAUCG